GUCAAAAAAGUUGCUGAUUUAUUAAAAAAAGGAAAAGGAAAAGAAAAGCAAAGCUCAACAAAUAAAAAUGGCGACAGAUGUAGCAAAGACCUUAAAUUCGAUUUUUGUUCAAAGCUGCAAUCGAAGAGUUCUUUAAGAUUAAAAAUCGUCCAUUUCUUCUUCUUCUUUGUUGCUCUUGCUUUCCCCCUCUACCAGUUCGAUUCUUUGCUGAAUCUCGCGUGGUUUUUUUCCUUCGCUAAUUUUUUUGUUUUUGGAAAAAAGGGAGAAAAUUCAUCUUCAACUAGUUUACUCGAUCCAUGUCGUCGGAUAUAAGCUAAACCUUUCUGCAAGAUUUUUUUCAUUCUUUUUUUUUCCCACUCUCUGUAGUUUCUCAUUUUCAGUUGGACGACUGGGGAAAAAGUUUUCUUACUCUAGCAGAAAAAAGAUGGAUAAAUGUAGAAGCUUCAACGGAGUUUAUUGUGACGAGAGUAUCGUGAUUGAUCUCGCGGGUUUAAUCUUGUAAUCGGCAUCUGCGACGAAAGUUAUUAGUGGAGUGUUACUGUUUUUCUUUUCUUGACUGGAGAGGGCAUGGGUACGGAUAGUUUGUUGUUGGCAACGGUGAGACCAUCGAUUAAACCGCGAGCAGGGCUGAGGAAGAAACAGGCUGGAAGAGGCUCUUAUAGAGGAAGCUAGGGGAUUUUUUUGCUAGCAAAGAGAAACUUAGGGGGGUUGAUUUUGUUUUAAAAAUUUGCUGUUUUUAGGUCGAGCGAGGGGCGCUUUUGAACAUAAUAAAAAGGUUGGAUUCUUUGUUGAGGGGAAGAUGCAGAUGGCUAGCAGUUCAAGUGGCUGUGGGUUGAACCAAAUACUUAGAAGUCUCUGCCUCAAUACCGAGUGGAAGUACGCCGUCUUUUGGAAGCUUAAGCAUCGUGCUCGAAUGGUGCUGACUUGCGAGGAUGCUUAUUAUGACCACGUUGACCAACAUGAUCCUUUGAAUCAUUGUUUCCGUGAUACAGUAGAAAGCUUGGACAGUGGAUACCAUUCACGUGACGCCCUUGGUUUAGCUGUGGCAAAAAUGUCUUAUAAUGUAUAUUCUCUAGGGGAAGGGAUUGUUGGCCAAGUUGCUGUUUCCGGAAAGCAUCAGUGGAUAUUUGCAGAUAAGCAUGCUAACAGCUACUGCUCAUUGUUUGAGUUCUGUGAUGGGUGGCAAAGUCAAUUUGCGGCGGGGAUCAGGACUAUUGUUGUUGUUUCUGUUGUUCCACAUGGAGUUGUGCAGCUUGGCUCCUUAAAUAAAGUAUAUGAGGAUGUGAAGCUGGUGAGUCGCAUCAGAAAUGUAUUUUUUGCACUUCAAGAGUCUUCUGUAGGACAUAUAUCCAGCUCAGUGGAAUGUAGCACGAAGAGUUCGUUAUUUAAGCAAGAUUUUCCAACAAAAGUGUUAGAUUCAGAAGUUAUUCCUUUAGAUAAAGCUGUACAAAAAGAAUGGCCACAUGGGUUGUUGCCCGAGUUAGCACAUCGCCAAAAGUACAGUGAUAGUUCAUUUGUUCUUCCAGUGUCCAAUAAUCAUCCCAAACAGGCAACUCAAGUGGAAAAUAAGCAUGAAGGGCUUCAGCUAUCCUCAGCAGCAAGUGAUUCCAACUUGGAGCAUCAAAAUCAGUUGGGGAGGCAUUUGAUAAACAAUGCGGUAUGCAAAGGGGAGACUGAUGGAUGGAAAGAUAUGAGUUUGGAACCUGAAAAUGUCUAUGCUAACCGUCCUGCUGUGGGUAGUGUAAAUUUAUAUAAUGUUGCACUUCCAGCUGAACAGUAUGGAGCCGGUCAUGCAUGCUACUCCUCAAACUUACUUAGCUCUGCGCUUAGUGACAUGGUUAAGCCAAGUGGCUUGAGUUCUUAUCCAAAUGUGGUGCUGGACAUACCCAAAUCUUCAAACAUAAAAUUUCAAAAUAAUUUGAGGUUGAGGAAUCAAAAUGAUUUAGUCGAUAUGGACUCAAUUAAUACUUCCUUUAAGUUUUCUGCUGGUUAUGAGCUCUAUGAAGUGCUUGGACCAACUUUUUUGGGGAAGAGUAUCUAUGCUGAUAGCCAGGUAGAUAAUGCAGAAGCUGGAGCUAAUAUUGAAAUGCAAGAGGGGAUGAGCUGCAGCCAGUUGACUUUCGAAUCUGGCUCAGAAAACCUCGUAGAAGCAGUAGUGGCAAAUGUUUUCCAUAGUGGCAGUGAUAUGAAAAGCGAGAGAUCGUUUUGCAGAUCAGCACUGUCGUCACUGACAACUGGAAAUACACCGGAGCCUUCUAUCCUAACAAAGUCUACUAUUAAUUCUGCUGAUUAUUCAAUUAACAAGUCCUCUCUUGUGGAAGUUAACAAACAGAAUUGUCUGAAUUCAUCAGGCUUAUGUGGAUCAAUGUCUUCAAAAGCACAUUCUUCUCCUUGCCUUAGCAAUUGCGAGCAGCUUGAGAGGUCUUUAGAGCCAUCUAAGAAUAACAAAAAGACGGCUAGACCUGGUGAAAAACCCAGGCCUAGGCCAAGGGACAGACAACUCAUUCAAGACCGUAUUAAGGAGCUGAGGGAGCUUGUGCCUAAUGGAGCAAAGUGCAGUAUUGAUUCAUUGCUGGAGCACACAAUCAAGCACAUGGUUUUUCUGCAAGGUAUCACUAAGCAUGCUGACAAGCUUGGUAAAUGUGCUGAUUCAAAGAUGUAUGAAAAGGGAGCUGGCAUUCUUGGAUCGUCCAAUUAUGAACAAGGUUCAAGCUGGGCUGUGGAAGUCGGAAGCCAUCUAAAAGUUUGCUCAAUAGUAGUGGAGAAUAUAAACAAAAAUGGGCAGAUGCGUGUAGAGCUGUUGUUUGACGAAUGUAGUCAUUUUCUUGAGAUAGCCGAGGCAAUCAGAAGCUUGGGCCUGACCAUUUUAAAAGGGUUUACAGAAGCGCAUGGUGAUAAGACUUGGAUAUGUUUUGUGGUUGAGGGACAGAACAAAGUUUUUCAUCGAAUGGAUAUCUUAUGGUCUCUAGUGCAAAUUUUGCAAUCCAAGGCUACAAGCUAGCGGCAAUGGCUUGUCACCUCUUGGAGACUGGAACAUUGGCUCCAUUUGUAAAAUAGUGAGUGGUUUGUGAUUUUUGAUUGGUCUAUGGUUUUUGCCUCUUAUGUUUGUCUCCCCAUCCCAUAAGAAAUAUAUAUAGAGGGACAAAGGAGAGAAAACAUACUUUAUAAACGUGUGGAUGAGUUCUUUUUUGCUUCUGUACUUCAUAGUUUGUGGGAAAUGCCAUCUAAAGAUUUCUUCCCUCGCUUGGAUAUUUUCCUUCGGUUUCUGCUUUAAUCAGAGCUCUUCUAUUGGUGCAAA